UAAAGUUAUCGAGAGGCCUGAGCAAAAAAGUGAGCGAGAUUUCAGCAGUCAUCGAAGGACUAGGAAGUUGGCAUUACCCUGAAAUCAUGUUAGUCACAAAACAAGAAGGAGAACGAGAAGGAGAAUGUAUUCAUUUUAGUUGGGGUCGCAAGACGGGUGUUCAACAUUACGAAUCAUUCACCUACAAUGGCGCAGAAUAUUUCCUUUAUGAUUGUGUGUAUGUGUGGUGCAAUGAUGAACCCGAGCCUCAAAUUGGCAAGCUUGUAAAGAUAUUUGAAACACAUACAGGCAUCAGGAAGGCAAAGGUUGUGUGGUUUUUCAGACCAAUUGAUAUACAAAACUGGUUAGGUGAUGUCCGACCUCUCCCAAGUGAGUUGUUCUUAGCUUCUGGCGAGGGGAAAGGCAUUUUCAAUGUGAUUCCGUUGGAAGCAAUCUGUGGGAAAUGCUCAGUUGUCUGCACAUCAAAAGAUAGAAGAAACACUCAGCCAACAGAAGAAGAGCUGAGAAAGGCCUCUUAUGUAUACUUCCGUACGUUUGAUGCACAAAGCCGCAGAUUAUCAAAGAUAUUCCCCGAUUUAAUCGCGAAUGUUGAAGUGAAGAAUUACUUUAAUCAAAGGAAAGAGUCGCAGUCUCAUCCUGCCCAAGAGCCUUUAUCAUUAAUUAAGACUUCAGAAAAAAAGGCUUACUAUCCUGUAAAGAAUGAUGCUGUUGUUGUGCCUGGUACAUCCCAAUUAUUGAAGAGGAAACAUGAAAACCCUGAACCCUCUCCACCGAGGAAGAAGCAUGGAAGUGCUAUAGAUGUUCCUUAUUCCUCCUUACCAAAGAAGAUAAAACAUGGAAACCAUUCAGGACUUUCUCUUCAAUCAAAUGUUAGCCGGAGAAAAGGUUCGGAGGAGAAGGCAGUGCAAUUGGAAUACAAAGUCAGCGAGUUUCAUGCAAAAGCCGAGUAUUUGGAAAAGAAUAAGAGCUUGAGAACUGAUUCUCAAAUUAUGGAAGUUGCACGAAAGCCAACCGAGGAAUCAAGCAGAUGGUUCACCGAACAACCAUGGGAGGAAAGAAUGCUUAUGGCUCAAGAAAAAGGUACACUGGUCUUACUGGGAAACCUUGAUCCCUCAUUCACUUCAAUAGAUGUGGAGUCUAUUCUCUCGUGUGCUUUCAACAUGAAGGUUAGUGCAAAGAUGAUACAGCAUAGUAGGACAUUCUCUAGCCUGCACUCUGGACAAGCUUUUGUCAUAUUCAAAUCAAGGGAAGCUGCAAAUACUGUUAUUUCUAACUUAAGGACAAGGUGUCUAAUGCUAGGCGAUGGAAGGCCAUUAAUUGCUCGAACAAAAGCUCUUAAAGAUCCCAGAAAUCAAAGUCUCUUUUUUGGCCACCUUACAAUUGAGCGAAUGAAGCCUCCAAAGCAACGAAUAGAGAUGCGGUCGGCAGUAUCAACAUCCCACUAUUCCCAAGACAAUACCAUUGAGUAUGAGAUGGCGUUGGAAUGGUUUGUGCUACAAGAGCGAUCAAACCGAUGGUGGGAGGCAUUAUCUGAGAGUCAAGCAAAAGAUCUGGCAGAGCUUAAGAGCAAAGCAAAGAUCCAGCAGUAAUCUGAGACGAUUCAGUCUUUCAGACCUGAAGGUUGAAUUCUGCCCCAUUUCCCCACUCAAGGAAGCAAGUUUUUGUUAUGGUCUACAAAGUUACAGAAUGGCAUGUAUAUUGGGCGUUCUCUUUCUAACCAGAGAGGAACAAGAUGCAGGUUUUUGUUUCACAUUUUGUUCCAGAAAGCUAAUAUUAGAUAUGGUGCCAAACCUUUUUUUUAAUUUAAAAAAUACGAUAGAUAUUA